AUGCAAAAUCAAAAUCCGUCCGAUCCUUCCGAUUGGAAUUUUACAAAACUGCCACGUCUAAAGGGACUGGAUUCCUCUAUGAGAUGCCUUAUCUGUCACGAUUUUUUCAAAGGACCAGUUAUAACAUCUUGCUCUCACACCUUCUGUUCUUACUGUAUACGGGAUUAUUUAAGGGAGCAUCCUAUAUGUCCAGCUUGUCGUGCUCCUGAACAGGAAAGUCGUUUACGAAAAAAUAAGGUAAUGGAAGAUAUAUUAGAUGCAUUUUGUUCCAUUCGUGCGGAUCUAAUUCAGGUUUUACGAAAGGAUGAUCUUUCCGAAGCUAAUUUGAACCUCGAUUCAGUCCCGGAUUCUCAGUCUAGCACUGAGGAAUGGGAAGAGAGUGAGAACUCUCGUCUUUCUAGCUCUACAAACAGAAAGAAAAGGAAAAUUCAGAACCCUGUUGCUUGCCCUGUUUGCUCGAGGGAAGUAUCUCAAUCCGAAAUAAACCACCACUUAGAUACAUGUCUAGUAAGUCCCGGUCAAUCCUCCACUGAAAAUAAGGCUCCUUCACGAGGAAAUGCUGAAAAACAGUCUGAGUCAAAAUCCAAUAUUAACUCGCCGGUGAUGAAUAAAGAAUUACCUGAAUCAGAACGUGUUCGAAUUCCCAAGCUUACCUAUGCUCUACUGUCUGAAUCUAAAAUACGUUCCAAAUUAGCAGAGAUGGGCCUUCCCACUGAUGGUAAUAAACAAAUUCUACAAAGAAGACAUGCUCAAUGGGUCACUAUGUAUAACUCUAAUUUGGACCAGAAACAUCCGAUUUCAAAGAAGGCACUUCUAGCCCAGCUUCACAAGUGGGAGAAAACACAAAGUAACUCAAAUUUAGUUACGAAGGAAAAGCUUGGAGGGACCGAAUGGGAGUCUACCUACGCAGGUGAUUUCGCGGACCUUGUACAAAAAGCCAAAAAUACUAUCAAGAAAUCUGUUCCUUCUUCACCGGAUGAACAAACUUCUUCUACAACAGUUGAUGAAUCUGCUUUUUAA